AUGCAAACAUUCGUAUUGACUCCACAACAACCAAAAAAGUACUAUGUACAAAAUGAUACUUUCCAUUAUCAAGAUGAAGCUUUCGAUGAUGGUUUGGGUGAAGUAGAUGAGGACGAUUGUUCAAAUUAUUCAUGUUCUUAUUGGCGUGAUCGUGUAUCUCAGCAAGGUUUACUUUAUUUAUCUGUAAAUUAUCUAUGUUUUUAUUCAAAUAUACUUGGAAAAGAUAUAACACUUGUUAUAAAAUUUACAGAUAUUAUUUAA